CUAAGGAUUGUUUAAUUGUUUAUGAGAACGGACCCGACUCAUGCUGACAGCAACAAACAAACUGUUUGGCACAUUUUGUUCGUGAAAUCUAGAACUUGACACAGGAAUGCAUCACAAACAUGAAUGACAAGAACUUGGGACUCGUGUAUCGCAGAAAACACCAGUCCUUGCAGAAAAUACACUGAAGUGGACCUCCUUCAUUUUGAUGACAUUCCAAAGCCUGGGGACCAUGUUACAUGGCGUAAAACAUGUGCUAACUGGCCUCAUUCUAUUGUUUCAAAAAUCAUUUCUAUGGCUGAUACACUUAUAUUCGGCGAUAAAGGCACAGGUGCAGAAUCCCCAUUUCGACGGAAUGUGUCAUUGUGAAAGGAAGGGAAACCCACAUAAAGUAAAUUGCUACUGGGACAGCAGCGGCAAAUUCAUUGGCUUCUAUUGUACUAGAUGUGGAGUUGAAAGCUUGACACAGGAAUACAUAGCAGACAUUAAUGACACAAACCUGAGACGCGUGUAUCGCAGAAAACCACCAAUCCUAGAAGAUAAUACAGCGUUCCAGGUGCCGUGUUCCAAAACUAAAGUUGACCUGCAUCAUUUUGCUGACAUUCUAAAGCCCGGGGACCAUGUUACAUGGCUUAGAUAUUUUCUAUAUUGGCAUCAUGGUAUCGUUUCGGAAAUCAAUGCUGAGGAGAACACCAUAGGAAUGAUACACUGGGUGAAUAUGAAUGGAGAAAAUACUUUCAAAAUAAUUUACGAACGCAUCAAAGUGAAAAAUGACCCUAUGUAUCGUAUACACUAUACUGAUUCUGUCACCAAAGAAAAUCCUACAGAAAUAGUCCUGGCUAGAGCACGCUCGAGGAUUGGUGACAUUAGGUAUAAGUUGUUUUCCGACAAUUGUGAAUCUUUCGCAACCUUUUGCAAAUGUGGUGUCGCGAAAUCCCGCCAAAUUGUGUGGCUGAAAAGGAAAAUCAAACAGAUUAUUGGUCAUUACAUGGUAGUUGGUACAGAGUCCUUUGGAAUAGUGGUCGGAAUGGAAACUGCAUUUAUGGUUAGUAUUUUGAGAAAGGCUUGUAAGGAGAGACGGAAUGGCAAAAUAACAAAGAACGACUUCACAGAGAUAUUAAUACGGCGUAUUUAUGAAGGCUUGCUUAGUUCUGAGCUGAUCAUGAUUGGUUAUUAUAUUGGAACGCCGUUUGGACCAUUGGGAAUAUUUAUAGGGGUGAUUAUCGGAGGAGUUGUUGGCGGUGUGGUAGGGAAAGCUGCCUGGGACUGCAUAAGGGAAUAUUGAAUGUUUGGGGUAACCAUUUCUAGGCUGUUCAAAGUGAGUGACACAGCGGUACGAUAAAAAGACAGCUUGCAUCAAGGGAUCCACAUUGUCCUGUAGGCAAAGCUCCUCCAUCUGCGAUAUCAAGCCAUUCUGGUAGAACAUAAUGGUACAGAGAUCCACGCCAUACACAAUACCCACAGCAAAGUGUGUGGUCCAGAAAUGUCUGCCGAUCAGUAAAUCGUUGUUAAGAGUGUUGAAUUGACUGACCGUGCUAAUGUUAUGAUCCUGAAACAUUUCAGGCUAACGUGAGGUCCUGACUUGGGGACAACAAGUACGAUUAUACACAAUUAACUGCAAAACGUUUUCAGGGGUGUAUUUAUCGGAUUUUCAUUUCACAACAGCAUUUUUUUUAGUUAUUUCUGAACACGUCGUGUCAUCAGAUAGGAUAUAAUGAGUGUACCACAUCGUCCCUGAUUGUAAAAUCCGAAUUAAUUAUUACCUCCGCAACGAUAUGGAUUUGUAAAAGAAUACCAGUUAGUAUAAAUCUGGGACAGCUACCGAAUGAGACUGAUUACACGGUCGCUGUAUUUAUGUAUCUGAAUAUAUUUAUGUAAAUGCGAAAGAACGGGUAACUACAUUCCUAUAUUGAACAUAUACUGUAUAUGUGAUGAAUGGGAAAUGGGGGGUUCUGCAGCACCCUGUCCCUACUUCUUUAUUUAUAGUAAACAGUGAGGGACCAGUGAGGAUGAGGGACCAUGCUAUUUUUAGGGCGGUGUGGGUUUUUCCAGUACAUAUAGGGUCCCUCCCAUAUGUAUAAAUAGGGAUCUCUCGCUGACCUGAGAUAUCAUACUGAGGGACCAGGUUAUGUUUAGGCCGUUGUGGGGUUUUUGCAAUGAAGAUGUCAUGUCCAGUCUUGCAUCAUUCCUUUAGAUAGAUCCCCUCCAGACAUUCCUUUAGAAUAUUAGACACCUUUACUU